AGUGCGGAUUCCAAAUAAUGAAGAAUACUGUGUCAACCGUUGUUUUUUUUUUGAGGGAGCUUAUGGAGUUUUGGAAAUCUUACAAUCCAGAUUUUGCUGUAUACUUAUGUAUGUUAGUUAUGGCUUUUUUAUGGCUUUACUGGUUGUACUUUGUUCCCCUUGUAUGGCAAAAGAAUCUGGACCACUUCAAAUUUUCUUUUUUAAGAUAUACAGGAAGUGUUAUUUGCCAUGAUCAUAAACGUGAUACGAUAAAUCGACUACGAAAUAUAAAAAAUCAAAACACACUUGAAAUGCCUCCCCCGUAUCCUAACGGUUGGUAUGCUAUCCUAGAAUCGUCCCAACUUAGAGCAGGGGAGGCUACUUUUUUGUCAUGUUUGGGAGAGGAACUAGUUAUCUUUCGCACUCAAAAAAACAUGGUUUUUGUUCUGGAUGCUUAUUGCCCCCACUUAGGAGCCAACUUGGGCAUUGGUGGAAGGGUAAUUGACGACUGUAUUGUAUGCCCAUUUCAUCAAUGGAGUUUUCGAGGCUCAGACGGACAAUGCACAAAUAUUCCGUACAGCACUUCAGUUCCUAAAGGAUCACAAAUAGCCAAUUGGAUUUCGCAAGAAAUGAAUGGAUUUAUAUUUAUUUGGUAUCAUGCUGAGCCAACAGAAAUACCAUGGGAACUCUCUUUAUCUAUGGAAGUUGUUAGAGAACGCUUUGUAUAUCAUGGACAUAAUGAAUUUUACAUCAAUUGUCAUAUUCAAGAGAUACCGGAAAAUGGUGCUGAUAUUGCACAUUUUAAUGCUAUUCACAAUGAGAGCCUUAUUGACAACAGUUGGUUUCAAAAAAAGGUUUUAUCUGGCAGGUAUGGAUAUCAUCAUUGGAAAGCGAGUUGGUUCCCAGCUCCUGGAAAAUUAAAGCAUUUAGCUACAGUUAAUCUUACUCACACACUGGAAAUAUUCGGAAGGUUUAACUGUUUUCGGAUGGAUGUUUCUGGUAAACAGAUCGGACCGUCAUACGUAUGCCUUGAAAUUAAUUCAUUUACAUUUGGAAAACUUAAAAUUAUUCAAGUUAUUACACCAAUCGAGCCGUUAUUGCAAAAAGUAAUUCAUCGGUUUUAUGGCCCCCGUUGGUUAGCGCCUCUCAUGAAAAUAUUUAUUUGUGGGGAGAGUCUCAUGUUUGAACGCGAUAUAAAUGUAUGGAAUUAUAAGGUGUUUAAACGGAAUCCCAUUUUAGCUAAAGAAGAUUCAUCGAUAAAACAGUUUAGAUUAUGGUUCUCACAAUUCUAUACAUCUAACAGCAAGUCAUAUUCGGAAGUAGCUAAUGUUGGCUGGUAGUUUUUUAUAUAAAACUAAUCUGCAUUUUUUCUUUUUUCUUCAAAAACUGUCGUUAAUAAUUGAAGUAAAUUUAUAAUCAUUUAUAAUAAAACUCAAAAUAAUAGUUUGUUUUUAACUUUUAUAUAUUAACAUGC